AAAUUGUAAAGAACAGGGAAAAAGGUUGUAACUUGCAAUGUCCAAAUAAAUAGAAAUUCCUCUUUCUCAAUCACUCAGCUUCAUUUCACCAUGUUGGUAUCUUCUUCUUCUCAUCUUCUCAUUCUUUUCCUCGUUUCCUUCGCUGUUUCAGUCAGCUCAGUUUCUGUGCGGCGAGGGACCCCACUUGACAUUACUUUCGACCAAUCCGAUGAAACCCCCACUUACUUAUGGCCACUUCCAGCAGAGUACACUUCCGGCAACGAGGCUCUUGAUGUUGAUCCUGCACUCAAGCUUACUGUCGCCGGAAAUGGUGGCGGCUCAGCCGUUCUGAGAGCGGGGUUUGAUCGGUACAGAGGGAUCGUAUUCAAGCACACUGGAUUGGGAUUGGGGUUUAGUUUUAUGAGGAAGCUGAGGGAGCGGUUGGUGUCGUCUGUUUCGGCAUACGAUGUUGACACAUUGAACAUCACUGUCCAUUCGGACAACGAGGAGCUUCAAUUUGGAGUGGAUGAAAGCUAUACCCUGCUGGUUCCCAAAGCCAAGGACUCUUCCCGAGUUACAAUUGAGGCAAAUACCGUUUAUGGUGCAUUGCGGGGAUUAGAGACAUUCAGCCAGUUGUGUUCUUUCGAUUAUACAACUAAAAAAGUAAAAAUAUACAAGGCACCUUGGUCCAUCCAAGAUAAACCUAGAUUUGCAUAUCGUGGGCUUUUGUUGGAUACAUCAAGGCACUAUUUACCAAUUACUGUAAUUAAGCAGAUUAUUGAAUCUAUGUCCUAUGCUAAACUUAAUGUUCUACAUUGGCACAUCAUAGAUGAGGAGUCAUUUCCGCUUGAGGUACCUACAUAUCCAGACUUGUGGAAAGGUUCGUAUACUCAGUGGGAACGUUACACAGUUGAAGAUGCAUAUGAAAUUGUCAACUUCGCCAAAAUGAGAGGUAUAAAUGUGAUGGCGGAAGUGGAUGUCCCUGGUCAUGCAGAAUCAUGGGGUGCAGGAUAUCCUGAUCUUUGGCCAUCACCUAGCUGUAGGGAGCCACUUGAUGUUUCAAAGAACUUUACUUUUGAUGUCAUUUCUGGUAUUCUGACAGAUAUUAGAACGAUUUUCCCAUUUGAGCUAUUUCACUUGGGUGGUGACGAAGUUAAUACUGAUUGCUGGCGUAGUACCCCUCAUAUAAAAGAAUGGCUUCAGAAUCACAACAUGACCGCUAGAGAUGCCUAUCAAUAUUUUGUACUGAAGGCUCAAGAGAUUGCCGUUUCAAAAAAUUGGAGUCCAGUGAAUUGGGAGGAAACCUUCAAUACGUUUCCAUCAAAGCUCCAUCCAAAAACCAUUGUGCACAACUGGUUGGGCCCUGGUGUUUGUCCAAAGGUUGUUGCAAAAGGUUUCAGGUGCAUUUACAGUAACCAGGGUGUCUGGUAUCUUGACCAUCUGGAUGUACCUUGGGAUGAGGUCUAUACUGCUGAGCCACUAGAGGGAAUACAAAAAGCUUCUGAACAAGAGCUUGUAAUUGGAGGAGAAGUUUGCAUGUGGGCUGAGACAGUUGAUACAUCCGAUGUUCAGCAAACAAUAUGGCCUCGAGCUGCUGCAGCUGCAGUAGUAGAAAUUUCAGUGUCCCUCUUCUAUAAAAUGAAAAUUAGGCCCCUCUUCUGUGUGUGUGUGUGUAAAGAACGCUUAUGGAGUCAGAGAGAUUCUUCCUCAAAAAAUGUUACCGUAACUGCAUUGCCUCGGUUGCAAAACUUCAGAUGUCUGUUGAAUAAACGAGGGGUUCCAGCUGCUCCUGUGAAGAAUUUUUAUGCUAGAAGGGCACCUGUAGGUCCAGGGUCAUGUUAUGAGCAAUAAUCCAUAUAAUGAUCCUUCUGUCAUGUGUAAGCUGGUUCUUGAUGCCAGAACUCUAAUCUUCCGCCAACCCAUAUUGCAAUGUAAUUUACUGUUGAAUUAAAUAAAUCAUGUCCAGUUUACAUUUUUUUUAAUUUGUUUAUUCUGAAAGCAAAUUAUAUACACUUGUUCUGAAUGCUUGAGUUUGCUCAGUACCAAAAGCUUUUCAAAGAUUUCAG